GGGUGCCUUGGGUUCUUGGGAUGAAUGGCCCACCGAUUCAUAGAAAAACGGUGUAUUCUUUCCUCCACUUCCCAUGCAAGGAAAAAUGGGACUGAUGUAAACAAUUUCCCCUCCACCUCCAGUAGCUGACUCGUCUGAUCCAUUUGCAGCAUCAACUAGAAGGCUUGUUGUUCAAAUCAUUACUCGAAUAAGAAAAUAAAUUGCCUCCCACGGCAUCUGUCAUCUGCCAGCAGUUGAACACCAUCAAUAAAUGAUGAUAACAAUUAAUUGUCAUACUCCCAAAGGAGGAAAAAAGAAAAGAGACAGCAAGGGAGACGGACGACGGUCAAAUAAAGAAAAAUACUAAAACAAGAACUGCUAGUUGAGAGUAGAGACGUCAGCAUCAAUGUCUUAUACAGGCAACCAAGGGCUGUAGGCCGUAGCAAUAUUAGCGAUGCCCCAACCUCCGCUCAGGUAUUUUUCUGCAAUAGUUAAGAGUGGCCCAUUAGGCCAGCGUUUCUUGGGUUAAUUAAAAAUUGUCCCGUUGUGUCUCGCUGGCUUUGCGUUGCGUGGCGUGGCGCCACGGUCUUGGCUACGUGUUUGUGACUUGUGAGUUGGGGAGAGAGGAACACGAAGACGAAGGAAAACGCAAGACAAGACGCAAAGAGAGAGAGAGAGAGAGAGAUUGAUUCUUGUCAGGGCAGGGCAGGGCAGGGCAGGGGGUCAAUAAAGAUACUAAGCCAGUUCAUAUUGGUUAUGUUUUGAUCUUCAUCAUUUUUCUUUUAUCUCUUCAAAAACAGAAAAACCCAAUUACUCUGCCGUUUCCGUUUCCAUCAUCAAGAGCAAGCGCUAACAAGUAACAGCAAAAAUUCCCCUUCACGUGCCCCUACCCCUCCAUUCACUUCCUUUCUUUAUUCUGCUUCUCCCUCUCUCUCUCUCGCGCCUUCUUCCAUCAGUCAUCACAACACAAUAAAGAAAUGAUCUUUCGACACCGCUAAUUCUCCAGUUCCUCAACGGCGUCGUGUCUUGCAUCCAUUGCCGCUGUCUUGUUGUCCAACACUUUGGUUAAUCAAGAAAAGAAUGGGUGAUCUUCGCGUUUGUUAUCCCAACGGUGACAUUUCAAGGGAGGAUCGCCUAUGCCCCUCACCCUUCCCUUCGCCUCCGUUUUCCUUGUCGUUGUCGAAUCCUGAUCAGCCCUGUUCGAUUGCGAGAGAGAGUUGGGACUGCGCAGAGGACACCGCGCGUCGUAUAGUUUGGAGUGUACAACCAACUUUGGACGCUGACAGAAAGCGGAAAGAGAUUGUAGAGUACGUUCAACGACUUAUUCAAGAUGGUCUUGGGUACCAGGUCUUCCCGUAUGGCUCAGUUCCGCUCAAGACAUACUUACCGGAUGGAGAUAUUGACUUAACCACGCUCAGCAGUCCAGCUAUUGAGGAUACUUUGGUGUCUGAUGUUCAUGCUAUUCUCAGGGGCGAAGAGCACAAUCAAAAAGCUCCCUACAGAGUUAAGGAUGUUCAUUGCAUUGAUGCUGAGGUUAAGCUUGUGAAGUGCCUUCUGCAAGACAUUGUUGUAGAUAUUUCCUUCAAUCAGUUGGGGGGGCUUUGUACACUAUGUUUUCUGGAACAGAUUGAUCGUCUUGUUGGUAAAGAUCAUCUCUUUAAGCGCAGCAUUAUCCUCAUAAAAGCUUGGUGUUAUUAUGAAAGUCGUAUACUUGGUGCCCAUCAUGGCUUGAUUUCUACAUAUGCUUUAGAAACACUGGUCCUGUAUAUAUUUCAUCUAUUUCACUCUUCUUUAAAUGGCCCUAUAGCAGUUCUCUACAGAUUUUUGGAUUACUUCAGCAAAUUUGAUUGGGAGAAUUAUUGUAUCAGCUUAAAUGGACCAGUUUGCAAAUCUUCCCUGCCUGAUAUAGUGGCUGAGGUUCCCGAAAAUGUGGGGAAUAAUCCACUUUUGAGUGAAGAAUUUCUGAGAAAGUGCAUCAGCAUGUUUUCUGUUCCAUCGAAGGGGGUUGAGACAAACUCGCGGUAUUUUCCUCUGAAGCAUCUUAAUAUAAUUGAUCCACUAAAAGAAAACAACAACCUUGGGCGUAGUGUUAACAGAGGUAACUACUAUAGAAUUCGCAGUGCCUUCAAAUAUGGGGCUCACAAACUUGAGCAGAUCCUUAUUUUACCAAGAGAAAGAAUAGCGGAUGAGCUUGUUAAGUUCUUUGCAAACACUUUGGAAAGGCACGGAAGCAAUCAUUUGACUGACAUGCAAAAUCUUCCAUUGACUUCUGAUGCUAGAGGUUAUGACCAUGUAAUGUCAUCACCAUGUGCUAAUAUGUGCUCAGGGAACUAUUUGUUUGCAAAACCAAUCAAUGUUGGCACUAGUAACAAUAAGAUGUCAGGAUCUAUAGCUACUUCUGGAUCCAGAUACAAGUUGGGAUACCCAUUCGAUGUAUUAACCUCACAGGUAGUGCCAGAAAGAAAAACCAAUGUCAACAGAAAUGCUGUUUCAGGACAUUGUCACCCUGGGGAUGCUAAGGAGUUUGUACUGUCUGGAUUACUGGCAAUGAAAGGUAAAAAUGAUUCAUCUGAUUCUUUUCCUCUGAGUUGCAACCUUGGUGCUUCACGUUCAACAAAACCUCGCACUUGUAGACAAAUUGGAAUGGUUGAAAGUGGUGACUCUUUUAAAAGUACGUUGACAGAUUCUAUUGCUGCUGAUGAUAUGAGUUUUGCUCUAAAGCCUUAUUCUAAGAGUGACACUUUAGCUGCCAGCAAUGUAGUUUGUAAAAGAGAGAUAGCUGGCUUUUUUGGGGAUUCUGAAUCUUUAAAAUCAUUGUUAGACCUUACUGGGGAUUAUGAUGGCCAGUUUUGGAGUUUGUUAUAUGGUCAAUAUUGCCAUUUAUUUUCUGUAUCUACUCCUGUGUCCCCCCAUUUACAGAAUGAAAAUCAUUGGGAAAUUAUCGAACAAUCCAUACGCUUAAAACAGGAUCUUUAUUCUCAGAGGGACUCAAAUGGGAUUUGGGGAUCACAAUUUUGUUUUUCGAAGCCUCCUGUUGCAGUUUGUACUGCUGUGGAUUCAGAGGAUAAGAAGAAACGAGGAACAGGAACAUAUAUUCCCAUCAUUAAGUAUCGUUCUAAUCGGGAGAGGCACUCAUCUGGGAGAGGAAUCUUUCAGGCUUCAAGAGCCUACAGUCAGUUUCAGAGAUAUACUAAUAAUAAUGGUUCUGCUACUGUUCAACAAGAGAUGGCAUUGUCUCAAGAAGGUAGCCAUGAACUCUCACCAGAGGAGUACCCAUCUCUGGGCCCUGUGAAGUUUGGAUCACCCAGUACUCAUCCACCUUACCCAUCCGUUUGGGGUUUAUGUGCUGCCAAUGGUUUAAAUUGCCCACCUGAGAGAUUUGAAUCUGGGUCUUCUAGCCUUGAAUUACAGAGCACAAACAUGCCAGAAGGCAAUGCAUUGCCAGAUCCUUGCACUUGUGGCUCCACACCAAGUGUUAUGAUAACAGCAGCACAAAGUGCUAAGCCUGUUCUUGAAAGUAAUCAAGAAAGUUUGGGUUUCUAGUGAUGCAGGGCUCUCAUACCAUCUGAAAAAUGAACAUGAUUUUCCACCUCUGUCCCUCUGAAGGAUAAUCAGAACAGAAAAUGUGAAGAAUAGAAGACAGUAAGCAUUAGCAGUAGAUGCUAACAUCUAAACCUUUAGGAAGACCCUUUUUCCCCCAUUACUUCCUUCUCUUGUUGCCUCGGUUGUUUCCUAUUUUCGAUGUUAGCAUGAUAUUCGAAACUGUAUCUUGUUCUUGUGCAUUCGGUGUGUUUACUUCCGUGUUGGUGGCUUCCAUUGAAGGUGUACAUAGUGAAGUAAUGUUCACUGGGAUUUGGUUUGGCAUAGGUAGUAAAGUCCAAUGGGAAAUUUUGUUUGGAUAAUUUUUGGGAAAUAUAGAAUUCUGCAGCUGUAUUGGUCGUAUAAUCUUGGAAGCUGCUAUAGAGAUUUGAGUCUUAAAUAUGUAAAAUAUUGACAUUGUUUGAUAUUGUGAAAAUAGAGCCAUGUUGAUAUGCCAAUAUGUACCUGUGCAUACAUCCAUGUAGAUUUUAGCUACUACUGCUCUUAAAGGUAGAAAAUUGGAAAUGACGUAUGCUAAUGGCAUUGAUGAGUUUUAUAGGGCAUGAGAGGAAACAGUGUCUGAUAUUUAAUAGAUUAAAGCAUGGCCAGCGUAUAUACCAUUACUUUUUGUGCUGGGUGCUUGUGAAAUAAAAAAGUCCCAAGGACAACCAGCAAGCACCAGUGGUCUAGUGGUAGAAUAGUACCCUGCCACGGUACAGACCCGGGUUCGAUUCCCGGCUGGUGCACUUUCGAGCUGUGACGAAUCUGGUGCCUAAUGUGAUAGUAGGGUCUAUCACAAUUGUCUGAUUCUUCGGAUGAAAUUGGUCACAUCUGAGCUCGUUUUUAUUAUAAUUUAAUUUUUGAUUUUUAAGCAGGCUGAUGAUCACCCCAUGGAUUGAUAUUCGCUAGCACUGGAUACACGAGCAUCACGUUGUAAACUUUUAUUUUAUUCUCCUUUAGUGGAACUUCUGUUGAGGGUGUAUAUUCUGUAAAACAAAGUGGUUAGCAUCAUAUGAUUGUUAGCCAACCACCAACCAUGACUAUUAGUAUUUGUAAGAAGCACCUCCUCAAAAUCAACUUUGAAACUUUAAUUUUUCAUGCAUGAUUAGUCAUGAAAAUCACCAACCAUCAGUCGUUAACCCUAGUGUUUUAGAAUCAGACUUUUUCUGAGGAAGAGAAACUUCAGUGUCUUUUAUUAGUAUGCUUUCCUUGAAAAGAAGCCUGUCCUCGCUGCUGCUGCAACCAUUGUUUCCCACCCUAUCGAAGCUAGCCAGCUACCGGAAUAUGGGUAGAUUUUGAGUCAAAUUGUAUGAAUCAUGCAGCUGUAGGUGUGCUUGUCUAUCUAUGAAUGAUUUGGAAAGGCCUUUCCGAAACAAAAAGUAUCUGAUGUAUCAGUAGGCUUCCUGAGAUCAAUUGAAGCAUGCACCGAGACCAAAAGGUAUGUGUUACCAUUUACAUGAUACUGGAUGAUCUAAUAAGUAGUCAUCAAAUGAUACGGUCAAGAUUGAGGUACUGGUAAUUAAAUUGGCGCUGGAAUUGGAGUUGGAAUUGGAAUCUUCCGCCUCUCAAUCCAAAAAUGUGAACGUCAUUUGAUGCCAUCCUGGCCUUUGGAUGUCUGCCAUUCCUCUUUGGAGGACCCACCUCUUAUAAAACACACACUAAUUCAUCGUUGCGUCUACUUCUAUUCCCCUAGGUACACAUUUUCCAUCCCCAAUUACUUUCCUCUCCCAACUUCUUCUUCAUCAGGGUGUCAACAUUGAUUGAUCAUUUCUCCCUGGUUUUGAUUUGCUUCUUAAAGUUUGAGUCGCCUUAUCAGAAUACUAGUCAUCCUUCUUUUCGGGCUUCUGUCUCAUCAUCCACAAAUGCUAGUAACAAAGAAUAGCCACAGAUUCUUUAAGUUCCGGACCGCAUCGGUAUUGCUGAUCAGUCCCUUUCUCUCUAGUCUUUGAAUGCCAAAACUAUCCUUGUUCACCAACAAAUAUUCCUUCCCGAUCUCAUUAGAAUUCUUGGGGAAAUCCCAUUUUUCCAAGAAAACUAGUGCUAUAGUCGAAGGUGUGCCAACAUUUCUACUUUCUUGGUUAAUUCCCGUGUCAAAUGUUAGCUUGCAAGGAGUACGACUUCUCACGUGCGGUGGUGGAGAUGGCAUGGAUCAUGCUAAGGAUUGACUACUCCAGGCUCUCUUGGCUCCUCUUUGGUGUCUUCUCCUACGAAAAUCAUGAAGGGAAGCCCCGGAUUUAGAUGCUCUUUUAUCUCCGUCGACCUACCAAUUACCCUUUUUAUAUUUAUGUUGACUUAAUAAUUUGUUUUCAA